AUGACCCUCGUCCCGCACAUUCGACUCACUGACCCGGAUGGGGAUAGCUGUGAUGAAACAGUUGCCGAUCGUUCCCCCUACCAACAAAGGACUGGCCCACUCGCGAAACAAAAAUCUCUUUCUUGUGAAGUUCUUCACGCGGCGGCGCUUGCCUCCACCGAGAUGGUCGAGCAAAAUGGAGGACCCUCGACAUCCUCCAGCAGCUAUGUGAACAUCCCGCGGACGACGCUACCCACCUUGAGAAAUAUACUUGUGGCUCAAUCAUGGGAGAGCGACAUUCCAUCAGCUUCAUCGGGUCCCUCCCCAAUCUCCUCUCUGUCCACCCCACGACCCAGCCAUGAGAGCGAUUGUGAUGCAACGGAUAACGAAGGCCCACCCGAGAUUCGCUUCCGCGAGCAAAUCGAGAGCUCCCAAGCCGGUCCAUCUGAUGUCUACGACGUGCUUAGCGAGUACAAGGCCGAGAACCGCGACGAGCUCGACUUGAGGCACGGCUCUGUCGUUCGGCUCAUCACAAGGAAAACUGGCGAGAUAGAUUGGUAUUUCGGAGAAGCCGACGGGAAAAAGGGACUCUUCCCGGUCAACUACGUGAAACACAUUGGGAAAGAGGCGCCGACGAUCAAAGCCAACGAGAUCGAAGAGUUGAACGAGAUUGGACAAGGAGCUUUCGCCCGGGUACUCAAAGCAAACUAUUGGAAAGAUGGUAAACGCUUGGUGGUGGCGCUGAAGAAGCCGAAGAGCAUCACGGAUAAGCGAGUGAUUGAGGAUAUGAAACGUGAAGCAGUGAUGCUCCAGCGUUUAUGUCACCCGGAACGCCAUCCGAAUGUCGUUGAGCUUUACGGGAUUUGUCUCGAGGCUCCACACGAGGGAUUGCUUUUGGAAUUGUGUGAAGGAGACACCCUCGCCAGCGUGUACAAAACGUUCUCGAAUGUGGCGGUGAGCGCUCGGGUACUCGUCGAUUGGGGAGUGCAGAUUGCGGCCGCGAUGAAACAUUUAGUCGAGCAUCAAUAUGUGCAUCGAGAUCUCAAAGCGGACAAUGUUUUGGUGAAAGAGCGAGUUUGCAUGUGUGCCUUGUCGCCAACCACUCCCAGUACUCCCACAUCUAGUGGAGCCGAUGAGUUUGGCCAUUGUCGAAAUUGUCGUGGCUACACGCUGGACCAUUUGACGUUAAAGAUCACCGAUUUCGGGCUAACGAGGGAAGCCGGGGACAAGAGGCAAUCUGUGGCUGGUACUGAAGCCUGGAUGGCUCCGGAGGCAUACAAGUUGAAAGAAUAUGGAGAGGCCUCAGACGUUUGGUCAUUUGGAGUGGUUUUGUGGGAAUUGUUGACGAAAAGCAUCCCUUAUGAAGGAAUUCAAGGAAUCGUCGUAGCUUACAAUGUGGCAGAGCGAAAAUUGAACUUACCGGUGAGACCCGAAUGGCCACAAACACUGCAAGCGAUCCUCAAAACCUGUUGGGAUUACGAGCCGACGCAACGGCCGAGCUUCAUCAUGCUGCACCAACAACUCACCGAGUUCAAAGCGAUGCUCACGAAAGAAGAAGAAGAACAAGUGCAACGCGUUCGCACGAAUAUCCUCGAUGAUUUGGAGAAUUUCUAUAACGAUUUAUCGAUGGAGGCAAAUGUGGAGAAGAAUCCCGAACACAUGGAACAAUUCAAGAAAGUCUACGAGAGGAUGAUCGGCAAUCUCACGCACACAAGAGAAGAAAAGCCAGCUCCAAUGAUCGCUCCACAACGAACAACAUUGCGAAGAAAAGAAAAGAAAAAACAAUAUGGAAAAACGGGGAAAAUCGAUAAGAAAGACAUUGGACGGCCACAAGACUUCAAGCACUGUAUCCAUGUGAAACAGCGGACGAACUCGAGCUCGCCCACCUCCUCUAAACACGGCCUACAAGUCAUUUAUAACGAUGAGCCACUCGAGCUGAGCUCUUCCAUCUUUGGCACAUUACCCAGAAAAAUGACCGACGCGUCAAAGAAAGCAGCUCAACAGAAUUUCUAUGGAAUUCUGAGUGCAAAUCAUGAGACUUUAUCAGCUCAGCACUCUAUUUCGUCCCCAAAUCUGAAUGGAGUGAAUCAAGAGCUUUUCUCGCCGACAACUCUUUCCAAUGAUCUCCAUCGAGUUAAUGCUAUCAAGAAGAAGAGAAAUGUGGAAGGAUUUGGAAUUGAUGGUGAAUUCGAUACGCGACUCGCCAUCAUCGGCACGCCAAUGAAGACCCCAGCUUCAAAGGUGAAAGACAAAAGGAGCAGCCAGGACUCGAACUCGUCAACUUUUUUCGCAAAUCUCAAGCACAAAGUCUUCGGAUUUGCGAGACGACAUUCCCGACAAGAUUCCGAGGAUAAGGCAUCGAUUGAUGGAGAUGAGCCACAUCGAUCACCCCGCAGUCCAUCGGAGAGCUCACAGCACAGCCCGGAUCCGCGAAUCUUUGGCAAUCUCUCGCGGGGACCCGCCUCGACGACUUGGAUCAGCGGAAAGAAUGGCGGCGGCGUUCGACCACGAGGCGUUUCAACGAAUGAAGACGAUUUGAAUCGAGUAAGAGAACAAGGAACGAAAGGAAGGGGCAUCUUUCAGCCAUCAAAUCGAACCACGCAUUACCUCAAAAACACGGUCACCAUGGCUCAAUCGUCGCCGAUUGUGCCAGGGAAAGUGAGGCCGUCGACGGGGAUGAAGAGCUCGUCGCCCGGAUCACAAUUGGGAAUCGAUGACGCCGUGCCGACGACCCCGCCACAGGAAUGCGAAACCCGAUUCCCGUCGUCCAAGAUCACUCAAAUCCAUCAAUAUCACAUCACUGGAGUCUCACCAAACGGUUACGAGAAACUCUCAAAAAAUGAAUCGAAAUUGAUUGGAUGGAAUCUGGAUGAGAAAAUCCCGGCUGACGGGCAAACGGCGACAACCAGCUUCGACAUGGCUCCGCCUGCGAUUGGCUUUCGAUUACCCACACAAACGGUGACCACUACCCCAUACACGACAAUCAGUCACUACAGUUCGCAGCUGAUGGGCGCUGCGCAACCAUUGAAUGCACACAGAGCAUCGAUGAGUCCUCUAGCGCAGACUCCGCCCGCUUUCCCGGCUCCUCCUCCGCCGUCAUCGUUCAGCUCCUCGUCCGUUGACAAGGCACCCGUCUACAUAUCAAAUCAAAUGUAUCAGCGAAUCGACGCCCCGCCAACGAUCAUCCCACGGCAUGAACGGCCGGCCACUUUAGAUUUACCCGUCACUCCUGGAGAGUCUGGGAUUAGCACCGCCGGCAGCUCGUUAACGUCGGCGCCGUUAGAGUACGCGCCUCCACCUCCACCCCGUCCGACCACUGUCCCCGUUGACUUA